AUGCACCUACUGGGAAUAUCUCUUUUACUGGCAUAUCUUCUCUACACUAACCUCGCCAGCGACUUCAGCCACAGCGACUACGAUGAUUACUACGAGCAGGAGCAGAUGGACGAGCCGCUGUUUGAGAUCACAGUGCUGAUCACCCAAGGCACCAAGCCGGUGACCAUCAGUGUGGCUAACCACACGCAGUGCAGCUGUCUGUCCAAACUGGACGUCUACAAACAAGUUCACAGCAUCAUCAGGAGAUCCCUGCCUGAGUGUCCAAUAGCCAACAGGACGUGUCCUCCUGGUCAGUCAUGGAGCAGCAGGCAGUGUCGGUGUGUCGGCCUGAGCGCCAAUGUGCACCACAACCCCCCUCCUCCACCACUGCCCCCUCCCAGGCCCUCCCAACAGCACCUUGACAUAUUGUCAGCGGAUGUUUGUGGCUUAGAUAAGGAACUGGACGUGGAGACCUGUCAGUGUGCGUGUCGGCUCGGGGAUGAAACUCAAGACUGCGGCCCUAACCGACAUCUUGACCGCAACACCUGCCAGUGCGUCUGCAACAUUCCACCUGCUCCCUCCUGCCUUCACAACCACGUCUUCAACAAGGACACCUGUCAGUGCACAUGUAGCAGGACGUGUCCUCGGCACCAGCCCCUCAAUAAAACAAAGUGUUCCUGCGAAUGUAACGAGUCGCCCAACAAGUGCUUCCUAAAGGGAAGGAGGUUUCACCAAGCCACAUGCAGUUGUCUCAGGCCUCCCUGUGAGGUAAGGAGGCGAAGGUGUGAACCAGGUUUCUCCUUCAGCGAGGAAGUGUGUCGCUGCGUACCGUCCCACUGGAGACGGCUGGACUAACUGCAGGCGAGUAACACAAUAACGAGAUGCUAACGAGCAGAUAACAAACUUAACAAUUCGAAUUCAUCACCCAUCCUGCAGCUGGUCAUGAGUAUCCCCGUCAGCUGUGAUGGCAGCUAAGUGUGCGGACCCUCAUGAACGUGGGGAAUCCUUAGUGACUGGAGUGCAGAUAUGGGAAGCUCUGGUGAGAGUGGGAAAUGCACUGACUCAGUUUGAGAUGUUUUAAUGGGAGAGCGGCUGAUCGGAGCCCAGAAAAGGAAGGAAGGACUGAGAGAGAGAGAGUCAACACUCGACACUUGUUUUAAAAUACUGUCUAAAUAUUUUUUUAUAUAUAUUUGGGGGGUUUUGUAUUAAUUAUAUCUCAGUAUUCCUUUGUGAGAUAUUGAUUAUAUAAUUUAUUAAAUGUUGUUUUUCAACCUCUGUUUAUUGCAAUUUCAAUCUUUUUCCAUGAAAAUACACUGUGAUCAUUAUUUUUGUAUCAUAUAUAUGCGUAAAAUAAAGUAUACUGGAUGAUGCAUUUUGUAAACUUAGUUUGUCUGUUUUGGUUCAUAUUCUACUGAGGUUAUUCUGAUCUUCAUCCUCCCCAUCAUCACAAAGAAACACUAAGUGAUUGUAAAGUUUCAUCGUAACUAAAGCUAAAGGUCAAAUCUGGGUGUGUCUCACGGGGUGAAAAAUAGAUUUUGACCUUUUAGAGACAUCUCCUAUUGAUUUUAAUGUAUUUGAAAUUGACAGUCAACCCCCAAAAACCUGACUUUUUAUACUUGAGAGGUUAAAGAAGGAAAUAUAAAAGUCUUUUUGA